UUGCAGGUCUGCUCAUCUAUUGCAUCUGAGGUUUCUGAUCCACAAAAUCGGCUAUUUGCUGUUGUAUAUGUGAAUGGACGCCAGUGGAAAGUUGGGCAAAAUGAUCUUAUCGCACUUAAAGGGAGCCUGCCCAUAGCCGUUGGGGAUAAGAUCAAAUUGGAGAAGGUCUUGAUGGUCGGAGGGAGCCGGUUCUCCGUUUUUGGCAGGCCACUACUGAAUUCGGUAAAAGUAGAGGCAACUGUCGUCGAAAAAACUACUACAUACCCUGAACUGGAGUAUAUUCGAGAUAAUCACAAUCACGUUAAAGUUAUCAAUUGGUUAAGCCAAGAGCAGACUGUGUUGAGGAUUAACGAGAUCUCAGCGGAGAACUUAUUUAAAGAAACUUCAGAAACUUCAUCUUAA